AUGACGGUCACCGCGGUGCAGCGCCUGACUGUGGCCGCUGUGGUGACGCUUUGUGCGGCCGUGAUCCUGCCCCGAAUCCUGAGGAGAGAUGCCCCGGAGGAGUCAGCUGCAAACUUUCCUCCCAUGAUGCAUCGUCACAUGACACCCGUCUCAGGAGGGCAGAGAGCAGCAGGGGUCAGAGGUCACGCAGAUGUCAGAGGAGCAGGAAGUGGAGGGGCAGGAACAGGAAGUGGAGGUGCGGGGACAGGAAGUGGACCUGGAGGGAAGUCGAACCUGGCAGCACAGAUCAUCCCCGUGUACGGCUUCGGGAUCCUGCUGUAUAUACUAUAUAUACUGUUCAAGAUCACAUCCAAAGGUAGCAGUAAACCGGCUCCGACACGUUUCCAGUCUCUGCGUUCGGAAAACGCCAAGAGGAAGAUCACGGACUUCGAACUGAUGCAGUUGCAGCAGCGUCUGAUGGAGACAGAGUUAGUAAUGGAGACAAUCGUCAAGACAACGGACCUAAGAGACGACCAGCCUCCUCUCGUCAGUCUGGACCAGGAGCAAAACCUCCUGCAGCAGCUCACCGCCAUCACCAGAGUCAUGAAGAGCAACCAACUGAUUAAGGAGUUCAGCCCUAAUGAGGAGAGAGAGGAGUGGGGAAAGAGUGGCGAGCAAGAUGCGUCAGAAGAUCCGGAUUUGUUCUGGAGCCAUUGUGACUGUUACUGCCCACCUCCAGGAGAAGACCAGGAACCUCCAGGAGAAGACCAGGAACCUCCAGGAGAAGACCAGGAACCUCCAGGAGAAGACCAGGAACCUCCAGGAGAAGACCACGGGGACCAGGCACCUCCAGGAGAAGACCAGGAACCUCCAGGAGAAGACCACGGGGACCAGACACCUCCAGGAGAAGACCAGGAACCUCCAGGAGAAGACCACGGGGACCAGACACCUCCAGGAGAAGACCACAGGGACCAGACACCUCCAGGAGAAGACCACGGGGACCAGACACCUCCAGGAGAAGACCACAGGGACCAGACACCUCCAGGAGAAAACCACAGGGACCAGACACCUCCAGGAAAAGACCACAGGGACCAGACACCUCCAGGAAAAGACCACAGGGACCAGACACCUCCAGGAGAUGAUUACAGGGACAAGACACCUCCAGGAAAAGACCAGAGGGACCAGGCACCUCCAGGAGAAGACCUCAGGGGACAGACACCUCCAAGAGAAGACCAGAGUUACCAGACACCCGUUACAGAGCAGAAGGAAGAGACAUCAGAUCAAGAACCAGAGGAGGAGCAAGUAGUAGCAGAAAAGGAGGAGGAAAGUAUCACUAAGGAGCUAGACUCUCAGAGCAUUGGAGGAGGUCCAGCAGGUCUGCAGAGAGAGGAGGAGACUGCAGAAGAAACAUCUCACACAGAGGAGCUUCAGACGUCAGAAAGUCCACCAGCAGCAGCUCAUGUGAGGAGAAGGAACCGUAGACAGAGGAAGAAAAGGACAUAG